AUGGAGGGAGUCAGUGUUCAGGAGGUUCUGAGGGAGCAGCAGCUCAGGUCGGGUCCACAGCUCUCCUCCAGACAGAACCGGGUCCAGCUGGGAUCUCAGCAACAUGUCAGCCUCUGUGUGCAACUCAGCAGGAUUUCCUCUCAGCUAAAGAGUCACAAAGCAGCUUUCAGGGACCACAGCAUCCAGCUGAGGUACCAGCUGGACCCGCUGCAAGGAAUUAUGGGUAAAUACCAGCUGGACCCGCUGCAAGGAAUCAUGGGUAAAUACCAGCAGGACCUGCUGCAAGGAAUCAUGGAUGCAGAGCUGUUGUGCCUCUUCCACACAGGAGACUCGAACCCGCGCAUCAAGUGGAAGAAGAAGACAAAAGAUGUCUCCUUCGUCUACUUUGAAGGAAGCUUCAGAGGUCCCUUCGAAGGCCGAGCAACCAUGGUCGGGACGACGAUGACCUGCACAGAAGUGACCCUGCACAGAGUGACCCAGGAGGACGCCAGAGAGCACCGCUGCGAGAUCAGCGCGUCCCUGGACACGGUCAGCCUGGGCGAGACCAAUGUGACCCUCAACGUCUUGGUGCCACUGCAAACUCCCACAUGUGAAGUCCCUGCCUUGGUGGUGACGGGCUCGGCGGUCCAGCUGCGCUGUCGGGACCAGCAGAGCGUCCCGCCCGCCGCGCACUCCUGGUUCAAGGACAACAAGUCAACCAGCAAGCCUCGUCACGCCAACGCGACCCAUCUAAUCAACUCCCACACGGGAAUACUGUUUUGCUUUUCCGCAGGAGUUCAAAGCAGACAUCGCUACAGCUGCCUGGCGUCCAACGGCUCACCCAAAAUGUACGAGGCCGAGCACAUGACCAGAGCUAAGGCUGUUCUGUUUCCCCGUCUGAAAGUCCCGUCUCUGGUUCCGUAG